AAUCAUUUGACCGCGAGUUUCCCCGUCCACAUCCUGUGAAUGUAACCCGCCAUCUUGUUGCGCCGAAGAGGAGAAGAGCAUAGAGCAGCAGAUAUGGCUGACUACAGCAGCGUGGCUCCCCCGUCUUCUAACGCUGGUGGUGGUAUGAACGAUGCUUUUAAAGAUGCUCUACAGCGAGCACGACAGAUUGCAGCGAAAAUCGGCGGAGAUGGCGUUGCGGCACCCCCAACAAGUGAAUUUGGUUACGGAGGCCAGAAAAGGCCCCUGGAGGACGCUGGUGGGUAUUUUCCCAUGCCUAACCUGAAUAUCGACCAACCAGAGACAAAGAAAGUGGCUACGAAUGAUGCUUUUUCUGCAAUGGGAGGAAUGGGAGGCCCCCCGAGGUCAAUAUCAGAAGAAUUCAAGGUCCCAGAUGGAAUGGUUGGAUUCAUUAUUGGAAGAGGAGGUGAACAGAUAUCACGUCUGCAACAGGAAUCUGGAUGUAAAAUACAGAUCGCACCUGACAGCGGAGGGAUGCCAGAUAGAUCGGUCACUUUAACGGGGCCACCAGAGUCCAUCCAGACUGCAAAGAGGUUGCUUACAGAGAUUGUUGAGAAGGGGCGUCCAUCCCCAGCAUUCAACCACAACGACGGCCCGGGAAUGACUGUCCAGGAGAUUAUGGUCCCUGCCUCUAAAGCCGGACUCGUCAUUGGGAAGGGAGGAGAAACCAUCAAAAGCCUUCAGGAGAGAGCUGGAGUGAAGAUGGUCAUGAUCCAAGACGGACCCCAAAACACAGGUGCAGACAAGCCACUCCGCAUUUCAGGAGAACCCUUUAAAGUUCAGCAAGCCAAAGAGAUGGUAAUGGAGCUGAUAAGAGAUCAAGGCUUCAGGGAGCAGAGGGGCGAGUAUGGUUCACGAAUUGGAGGAGAUAGCUUGGAUGUUCCUGUUCCUCGGUUUGCAGUAGGUAUUGUGAUUGGCAGAAAUGGAGAAAUGAUCAAGAAGAUACAGAAUGACACAGGCGUCAGGAUUCAGUUUAAACCAGAUGAUGGCAGCACACCAGACAGAAUAGCACAGAUCAUGGGUCCCCCUGAUCAGGCUCAGCAUGCAGCAGAAAUUAUAUCUGAUCUGCUGAGGAGCGUCCAGGCCGGUGGGCCUCCAGGACAUGGCGGUGGCAGGGGCCGUGGACGUGGGCAGGGGAACUGGAACAUGGGGCCCCCUGGUGGCCUGCAGGAGUUUACCUUCACUGUGCCGACCAUGAAGACUGGCCUGAUUAUUGGAAAGGGUGGUGAGACAAUCAAAGGCAUCAGCCAGCAGUCUGGUGCCAGGAUCGAACUACAGAGGAAUCCCCCACCCAACUCUGAUCCCAACAUCAAGAUGUUCACAGUUCGUGGUUCCCCUCAACAGAUCGACUAUGCCAGGCAGCUGGUAGAGGAGAAAAUUGGGGGUCCAGUCACUCCAAUGGGUGGCCCACAUGGCCCCCCUGGUCCUCAUGGAGGUCCAGGCCCACAUGGUCCACCUGGACCCCCUGGACCCCCUGGGGCUCCAAUGGGUCCGUACAACCCUGGACCAUACAACCAGGGACCUCCAGGACCACAUGGACCUCCUGCGCCUUACCAGCCUCAGGGAUGGGGCAAUGGCUACCCACACUGGCAACAGGGACAACCUGAUCCAAAUAAAGCAGCAGCCGAUGCCAACGCAGCAGCGUGGGCAGCCUACUAUGCUCAGUACAGCCAGCAGCCACAGGCUCCCAUGACCCCAACGAGUGGAGCUCCUGGCACGACUCAAACCAACGGCCAAGGUGACCCACAGGCUGCAGGUCAGAGUGGACAGGCAGAUUACUCCAAGGCCUGGGAGGAAUAUUACAAGAAAAUGGGUCAACAGAGUCAGCAACCUCAGGACUACACGAAAGCCUGGGAGGAGUAUUACAAGAAACAAGGUCAAGCGGCCCCUCAGGCCCCAGCAGCAGCCGCAGCCUCCCAGCCCGGAGGCCAGCCAGACUACAGCGCUGCCUGGGCGGAGUACUACCGCCAGCAGGCCGCGUACUACGGCACAGCCAACCCUCAGACGAUGGGUGCAGCGCCACAAGCCCCUCAGGGCCAGUAAUGUGAAGUGGACAUAAAGUAAAUGCUACAUUGUCGAAACAAAAUCCUUUGUUAAAUGUUUGGAUGCAGACGCCUUGAUGAAGAUCUUAAAUUUCCUUGGUUUGAAAGUGUUUCACAUAGAUGGCAGAUUACCCGGCGAACACGUCCUCUAUCCUUUUUUUGUUGUUUUUCUUUUUCUUGUAAAUGCUUUGUUUUUAGUGAGGUAAUUAUACAUAUGGUCAUUCCAGCCCCUGUAUCUACAUUAAAUGUGGUUAGAACUCAUGUUUAUUAAACUGUAGACAUUACCAUGUAAAUCAUCUCAGUUUUAAAAUGCUAUUGCCUGUUGUGUUUUUGCAAUAAAACAAACUGAAACCUCCUGUGUUGGUAAGUUGGGGUGGUCUUAAACCAAAGGGGUUGAGAUGAAUUUCUGUAUGUUUUUGUUUCUUUUACUGGGGCAGGGCGGGGGUGGGGGUUGAACUGUCCAAAAAGAUUGACUCAAAGUUGUGCUGUCCUGUCUCUCUCCAACUUGUCUAUGAGGCUCUUAGAUACGUUACGUGCGUGAGGUGAUCCUGAGCGGUUCAGACCAACAAACGUCCUUUUUGAUAGACAUAAUUUUUAAUACUUCUGUUUCCUGACAUUGCUCUGACGUUAGCAGUAGACAGAUGUUUGUCAUGGGAAUGUCGACAGAUAUCAAAUGUGUCGUAACUCAUGCAUUUGCUGCGUUGCUGUGGCGCCCGUUUUAAAUAUUUGCUUGGUUUGCUGACAUUGUUGAGGUAGUAUGCACUCUAUUUUGCCUUGAUAGACACUUCCUCCUCCACAGGCAAGUUUAGAAAAGCGGUAAGCAAGUAUUUUUUUCCUAACAUGUUGCCCAGAAAACAUGGUUGCAAGAAAUGUUGCAUAUUUUUAGUGUUAUAUAUAUUUUUUUUGUGCUGUUCUUUUUCCAGGACAGUCAGGUAAAUUGCCACUGUAUCCAAAAAAAAUGCAUUGAAACGUUUUGUCUUGCCCAUUUGAAGUUGCGAACUAACUCACAUGUAUAAAUUUGUUUGUUCAAAGAAUGUUUUUUUUAAUAUAAAAACAUUGCAAAAAAACAAAUCCUCGUAUUUGCUGUGCCCAUUCUGUUAGUGUUUAUCCAGUUUAAGAACGUAGAUGUUGUAGGGUCGGGGGUGGCUAAGCAGUCUUCGUCCAUCAGUUGAGCCCUCCUAUACUGUAAGUACAAAACUGUGACUGACUUUCCGAGAUACCCGCCUCUUUUUGAUGCUUUACAAACUGCAAAACCAUGUAGUGUUUUUUUUUUCUCAAAUAUUGUCAUUUUUUCCCCCCAUGUCCCUGGGUAAGUAUGAAUUGUUCUGAGGAGAGGAUUAGUGCUUAAGACACAUGUUUCUGAGACUUAUUUCCCCUUGUGUGACUCCACAACGUUCAGACUUUGAAUCUCUACAGUAUGUUGAUGCUUUGUAGCCUGUUUGUGUGGGAAGCAUUUCAGUGCCAGUUGGAUUUUUGAACUGAGGGUUUGAAUGUCAGCACUCUGUUGGUAGGAACUGUUAAAGGAAGUCCAUGUUUUGUUUUUUCUUUUUAUUAUUAUUAUUUCCCCCCCGGUUUUAAAUUCCUGACUUGUUAAGUGCCAUUGACUAGUUGAGACUGUUCUGUUUUUUAAAUGCCAAUUUAUUGCAACAUAUUGCUUAGAACAAGUCAUACUGCAUAACUCCAGUGUAGCAUGCUUAGGUUUCUGCCAUUACUUUAAUGUCCUAUUUGAGCAUGUGGAAUGCUAGUAGCGGAAGUGCUUCUGAGCUAGUUCAGUGUUGAUCAUGACAUUUUCUGAAUGAGCACUGUUGUGAAAGGCUAUUUUAAAGAUUAAAAACAAAUCUGACUGCAUUGUUCACUGAUGGCAAACAGUGCAAUAUAUCUGAUCUUUGCAGUGUCAUCCCAGACCUUGCACCUUAGGUUCUGCUGCAAUAACACAGGUAAGCGAAACCUAAGGAAAACAGUGUUUUUUUUAUUAUUAUUUUUGUCCUGUGACAUGACCAAUUACACAUGCAAAGAAAUGCUUACCUGUGUUUAACAUGCCUCAAUGCAUUAAUGCCUAGUCAUAAAGAGAUGUCCAGGAUCUGUUAAGUAAGAAUAGCCCUUUAAAAUGAUCUGCUUUCAUUAUUGAACUGCAUGAUAUGAGUAAUGUAAUGACUUUGUUAAAUGAAGUUUUCAAAAAGUGGCUUUACCUCGAAAACGUUGUUGUAUAGGCUCAAUGAGGAAAUGUUGUCUUUGUGCUUAAUAUUUGAUACUGGCCUUAUCUUUGCAUCCUGGUAAGUCUGACAGUGACAGUAUAUUGAUGCUUUGGACAACUUUUUGACACUGGUAUAUUAAACUGCAUGCCAUGCAAACUGUUGCAGAAGUUAGCAAUGUGCUCAGCCACUAGGUCACAACGGUGAAAUACAUGAUUUUUUUUCCCUUCUUAAUAUCUGUCGUGGUGUGAAUCUGCCCUCAAGUGCAGUGCAAAUCUACCAUUGAAACGCUGCUGCCUUCACUUCUCGCUCACAGUGUUGGAGGAUGCUGCAAGCUUAGGUCAUAAAAUCAGGCCCUGUCGUAGUUUGUCCCCAAAAGGAGGAAUCCUUUGAGUCACAAUCCCACUGCUGAACGUAGACCGUUCAAGAGCUCCAGUGAUAAGGUAAAACAGCAAUGCAAUGAAAUUUAAAAAAAUUCUGUGAUUGCAAAGUGUUGGUCAGAUGACAUGUUUGUUUUUAGCUCGGCUUGACUUGUUUUCUCUUUAAAUCAUGAUGCCACAGUGUUUUCAGAGUUGUCUAAUGGUUGUUUAUCGCUUCAAUGCCUUCAUCAGUAACCUUUUCAGUCAAUAGGAAUGUGCUUUAGAAAGUUGGAUGAGGACAGGAACUAACGUACUUUAAUUGACAUGCACUUUCAUUGGCAGUAAAUUGGGGGUUCAGUUUAAAUCACUUCUCUCUGUAGUUAACGGGUCACAUAUUGUUUGUUUGAGGCUGUUCUCUCUGUACAUGUGAGAACACUCAGUGUUUCAACACGCAGUUCGUGGGGGUGUAGAAGACAAAACAAGGAGCAUGCCUUAGAGGUAAAAUGGUUUCAUGUGCUGUGUAUUAAUAUCAGUCUAUUGAGUUUUGUUUUUCUGAAUGACUGUUUUGACUUUUGAAAUGUUGCCAUGUUCAUUAAUAAAGUUGUAACAAACUGGA